CGCGCCCCACGCCUCUCCAUGGGGCACAAGCCGCCGCCGGCACCCUGCCUGCCUUCACGGACAGGGCCGCAGCCCGGCCCACCGGGGCUGCAAGGCUGGGGACCGACCCACGGCUGCGUCCCACCCAGGAGCCCCGGCGUGGACUGCAGCCUGGACAGCCACCAGCCAGCCCUCCAGGAGCAUGGCCCAGCAGGACAGCAAGCAGGGGCCUCAGACAAUGGCUCUCGUGGCCCCCGAACUGGAGUGCAAGAUCUGCUACAGCCGCUACGAUGCCCGUGCCCACCGACCCAAACUGCUCCACUGCGGCCACCGCCUCUGUGCCAAGUGCCUCUGCAAGAUGGUGCCACUGGGGGAUGCGUCGCCCUGCCAGCUCCGCUGCCCCUUCUGCCGCCAGCACAGCCCAGUGCCCGGUGGGGACGUGCAGCAGCUGCAGGACGACGGCGAGGCACUGGCAUUGCUGACAGGCCAUGAGAAGACCAAGAAGCGGGGUCCCACCCGAUCCCCUGAAGUCCUCCUCUGCCCCAGUGUGCUAGAGCCCUCACCCGGCCCUGACUGCCUGGUGGUCACCAUCCUGGAGGUGCCGGAGGAUGUGGCCCCGCCGGAGGGCCUGGGCAGGCUUGAGGUGGUGCGGCUGUACCGCCCUGCCAGCCUGGGCACACUGCCCUGCCACGGCCCCGGGCAGAAGUGCCACUCCUGGGGAUGGCGAGCCGUCCCUCGCUUCAUCCUGGGUGUCCUCUGCCUCCUCUACUUCAGCUCCCUGCCCUUCGGCAUCUACCUCCUGCUCAUCGAGCACCACAGCCUGGGCAUCGUUCUGGUCAGCCUCGUGCCCUCCACCCUCCUCCUCUGCAUCGUCUACAGCCUCUGCCAGUGUCUGUGCCGGGAGGUCUUUGGGUUCCCCCACUCCUGAUCCUGCACAGCUGAACGCCAUGCCCACCCUGGGAAGGCUCUGGGUGCCUUGGAGCGUUGUCCUUUGGGGUACGGGUGUACCCUGACCCAUGGCUGACCCACAGCAUGGAGGUCUACUUGGACCACGGGGAGAUGCUCAGCAGCUGUUGCCUUCCCUUGCAGAACAGUGCGGGCUUUGCCAAACGGGAGACCACACCGGAGCGGCUACAGGAGCUCAUUGCAGCCUUCAAGCAUUCAAGCCGGACCCUCAGCUCCUCAUCUUCCUCAUCUUCCUCCUCCACAGCAAAGAGCGGGAGCUGGGUCGAGAGCAAAGCAGGAACUGGGAGACUAAUCCCAGCUAAGGAAGCGCGAGUGCUCAGCACCCAGCGCCGCAGCUGGAGGGGCCCCAGCAGCUGGCCAUAGCCUGGCGCCGGCAGGAGAAGGACGGGCAGAGCCCGGGGGCUCCUGCGGCCGGACUGGCACCAGCACAGCUCCGUGUCCAUAGUGUAAAUAGUUCUGUCCGUGGCGCCCGUGCUCCCCGCAGGGCUGCUCCCAUUGCAUCCGUGUUCCUUUCCCACAUGUGUGAGUCCCGUGUUUGCCGACGCUGUGUACCGUUUAGGGGAGGAGCGGAGAAGAGGAGUUUCUUUGGUGUGUAAAGACGUCUUUGCAGCUGUUUUGUAGUCGUUGUGGUUUUUAUGCGGAGCCUCUGGGCUUUAUUUAACCUCCUUGGGUUUUGUUUUGUAAGGAUUAAUUUAACACCGCUAACCAUUUUAUUACUUUUAUCAAGAAGAGCAAAGUCUCUUUUUGAUCUCUGUUUCCUAGUUCUUAGGAACAUUAAAAGCUGCCAUACAGCUC